GUCGUCACCUACGCAGUAAACAGCGAUACGAACACAGAGUGCGUUUCUUGUUUAACACUUUUCAACCAACGCGGAUAUUUUCAACGAGGUUUAAAACCCGUAAAGAUAAAUAGAAGUGACAAGUUUGUGCAGAAGAAAUUAAAAGCAUGCAAUUCGUUAUUUCCUCAAGUCUGCGUGCACCCGAGUUGUUAUAUUUAAAGACGGAUGAAUAGCAGAGUGCCUCUGGGAAUGUUUUUCUUUUGGAGAAGCGCGUGAAACUGUUGGUUUGGAUUAUUGUAGGAUGCCCUGCUAAUGUUACAGCUAGCAUCAGUCGGGCUAACGACAUUCCGGGACAAGGGGAAAGUAAGGAGUUUGUUGACGGAGGGGAAAACAUUGCGUUUUAAUAAAACAAGUUGUACACGUGGCCUUCCCGUGCUGGUUGAAGGUCCGAGCGACGUGAAGCAGACCAGAGAAGUGUUAUAAUUGACAUACUUUAAAUGUGUCGGCCGCCCUUUGCUAUGCUCCGCCAUUUUGUGUCAGUCGAAUGCUAAUAAUGGGCGCUCGCGCAUUGCACUUUAUUUAUGCUAAGAAUAAACUCCGUCAUCACUUGAAAUAUCAAAAUAAACGUUUUUUAGUAAACCAGACGAGCUUUUAGUUGAUGUUUGCGUGGCGCCGUUACUGUACAGUCUAGGGUUUUGAUGCAAUUUUGAUUUAUGAUGAACGGCAGAUCAUGAACGUUAUUACAAUAUUGCCUGUUGUAUAAGGAUGGCAACGGGCUUGAAUAAAGAUUAUUUGUUUUUGAAAACUAACUGAUCGUGGAUAUGUGCGCUUAACUUGUCAUCGCAGGUAUCCGCGCGCAUUUAAAUCAAAGACUUCAAGAGAUUCUUUUAAAACAGGGAAAAGCUGAACUUGUUUGUCUAACUUUACUUUUAAUCGUUUUCCUUUAUUAACAACCACCAAAGUAGCUUAAGUGUGUCAUUGAGAGUCUGUUUACAUAUCUAGCCCACAUAAAUGUGCAUUAUACGUGUGUAGAAAUACAUAUUUUGGUCCUCGUUGAAGUGCGUGGUGCAGUCAGUGCUGUCAGAAGCGUCGCCCUCUGGAGGAGGUAAAGAUGGCAGAGACAUCUACGACUGACGGUCCUGCCGCAGGAGCUGAUUUUGACAUGAUGAGCGCUCUUGACUGGAAGGACGGCAUAGCCACCUUGCCAGGAAGUGAAAUUCGGUUUCGGAUGACUGAAUUUGGCACCCUGGAGAUCAUCACAGAGGUGGAGCCCAAAGUUAAAGAGGCGGAGCUUACAGGCCCACAGCCUCAAACAACCGGCACCAACGACAUUCAUUCCCCUGAGCAGAACAAAACUUCAAAUCAGACUGCAAAGCCCCAGUCAAAUACAGAGCAUCAGACAAGUCCUGUGGUUUCAACCGACCCCCACAGGCAGACAGGGGUCAACAACACCAGGAGCCCCAGCGCUGUGGGAAGCCCCAGUGUGAGUACAGUGCCCAAUGCAAUUGUUCCCAUGUCUGAGGCGACUGCAAACUGCAGGUCAUGUGGUCACUCUGGUUCACGUGAAUCCUUUCUACAAGGCAAAUUUUGCAGCGCUCCUUGUGUACAGCCCUCCAGUGGCAGGUCAACCCCAGCUGAGGCUGUCGAAGGAGAACGUUUAGGUAAACGUGUGAGAAAGAAGAAGAAGAUGUUUAUGGAAUCUGGAGAUGAGGAGGAGGACAACAUAGAGGAGGAAGAAGAGAAGGUUAAAUCCUCAAAGGGGAGACGAGCAGCUAAAGUUGCUAGACUAGUAACAGCACCUCUGGUUAAGAAGAAAACCUGGAGUUGGUCAGCUUAUCUGGAAGAGGAGAGAACUAUUGCCGCUCCCUUGAAACUUUUUAAGGAGCACCAGUCGUUUCCUCAAAGCAGGAAUGGAUUUAAAGUUGGCAUGAAGUUAGAGGGACUGGACCCCUGUCACCCAGCUCUCUUCUGCGUUCUGACUGUGGCAGAGGUGCAAGGCUACAGGAUUCGGCUUCACUUUGAUGGUUACCCGGAAUGCUAUGACUUCUGGGUAAAUGCAGACUCAUGGGAUGUGAAGCCGCCAGGCUGGUGUGAGAAAACCAGCCUUAAGCUGUUGCUGCCAAAAGGCUGCAGAGAUGGAGAGUUUAACUGGAACACAUAUGUAAAGAAUUGUAGGGGUCAACUGGCCCCCAAACAUCUCUUCAAGAGUCUUAAUACAUCGGUCACACCGUCAGGUUUCCGUGCAGGGAUGAAGCUGGAAGCCGUUGACAGAAAGAACCCAUCACUCAUCUGCGUAGCAACCAUUGCUGCUGCUGUCGACAACCGGCUCCUCGUUCACUUUGACAACUGGGAUGAUUCGUAUGAUUAUUGGUGUGAUGCCAGCAGUCCAUACAUUCAUCCAGUAGGGUUCUGUGAGGAGGCGGAGUUAACACUCACUACACCUGCAGAUUAUAAGCCCCCCAAGGUUUUUACUUGGGAAAAGUACCUUGAGGAAACUGGAGCCCAGGCUGCACCAGCAAGAGCCUUUAAACAGAGACAACCGCAUGGUUUCCAAGUCGGGAUGAAGCUGGAGGCAGUGGACAAACGUAAUGCCAUGCUUAUCCGUGUAGCCACCAUCUCUGAUGUAGAAGACCACAGAAUCAAGAUCCAUUUUGAUGGCUGGAGUGAGGAGUAUGAUUAUUGGCUAGAUGCUGAUAGCCCAGAUCUGCACCCAGUCGGCUGGUGUCAGAAGACGGGUCAUCCUCUACAACAGCCCAACGGUCCCAGAGAUUCUCCAGUGCCUCCAGGACAAGGCUGCCCAACCCCAGGAUGCAGUGGAGUCGGACACAUUAGAGGACCUCGGUAUGGGACACAUUACACGGCUGUGAGCUGUCCUUACUCAGAUUUUAAUUUGAAUAAGGACGGGCUGGUGCCAGACAGACUGAAUGGGGAGAGGCCGGUCACGCUCAGUGGACCCCCGCGCCACCGUCGUGCUGAAACACUCACUCAGACACAACCUCCCACACCAACACCCAGCGCCGGCACCCCUGAAGCCCCUGACACCAGCACGGAUGCCUGUCCACAAGCUCACUCAGUGCGUGAGCACGUUGUGUCUGCCAUCUCUCUCAAAUGUGUCAAGCCAUCUCAAGUGAAGCAGGAAGGUGACGGGAAAGAUUCUCUUCAGGAGUUCCUGCAUGAGUCUGUGUUUUGUGGAUGGGAGCCACCGAGGUUUCAUCUGUGUUGGGAAAAGCAUGGCAAACUCUUGCCUGAAGCUUUAGGCCUCAGUGCCAAGAGAGUGGCCAAGUGGAGCACAGAGGAGGUGGCAAGUUUUGUAAAAGGGCUGCCUGGCUGCAGAGAGGAUGCUGCCACCUUUAGGAAGGAGCAAAUUGAUGGCGAGGCCUUCCUGCUUCUUACUCAAUCAGACAUUGUUAAGAUUCUGAGCAUCAAGCUUGGACCUGCUCUCAAAAUUUAUAAUUCGAUCCUAAUGCUGAAGAGUGCAGAUGAGGAAUAGACAACUCACAGCAACGGCUGCUCCAUCAAACAUGUUUAAAAGUUGCUCUAGCCCCCACCAAUGCGUCCAGCAGACUGACGAAUAUUCAAUCAUCAGUCUCCUUAUGAUUGACAGACAUCGACAGAAUCAGCCAAUUCAACAAACCUCAUGCGAUCAGAAAAGUCCCAGCUCUUAAAGGCUGAUAUAGAUUUGAUGUCUCCCCUUCCAACUCAGCACUCGCUCUAAAUGAGGACUUAUAUGUUCUUGUGAAACCAAUCCUUUGAUUUGGGAGGGGUGAGUACACUACACUGAGGCACCUUAAAUUGUUGAAAGCUUAAACUGGAUUCUUUCAUCGCUGAUAUUUAUGUUUUUAUGGUUGCUAAAAUGAUGGUUAAUUACAAAAGGUACGAUGGUGGAGCUUUUACUUGAAAUGUAAUUGUUUUUUUUUUUUUGUAAGAAUGCAAAAAGACCUUUGUAAUUGAACACGCAUCCUAAUUAAUCCUAAUUAAUCCAAAUGGGGAUGUUUGAGACCACUAGAGGGCAGCAGGAUUGUAUAUAUGUGUGUGUGUGUGUGUGUGCUUGGAUCUAAUGUCAGGAAAUUCUUGCUCUGAGCAAAUCUGGAAUUGAAUGUCUCAGUUUUACUUAAAAUGAAACUUGUAAAGUGCAUUUGUAAAUUGAAGGUAUUGUAUAUUGAACUGCAAAUAGAGUUGGGAAUAGAAAUGAGUGUGUGAAUUUUUAAGACUGAGACCCUGACAUUUUGCCUUGUACAUGCAUUCCUGAAUACUAAGACAUUUUGUUCUUCAUUCAUCGAGCAAAGGUUUUAUGUACAUCUGCUGUAUAAUACAGCUGUAAUUGUAACUGAUUUUACAUGUUGGAAUCACUUCAUAUUCAAGUACUGGUUUGGUUUGCAGUGCUUCUCAAAGUUGUCAUUAUAUGCAUAUGCAGGCUGCUUUAGGUUCAGAAUAACAGAUCCAGUUAGGGUUGGAAACGAGAAAAAAAUCGAAAAUGGGUGUACAAAAACUAAAAUACUGAAUGUGUAUAGAUAAUAGUCUGCAGAAACAUUUGAUUACAAGUAAUAAAGGCAUUUGGACUGUGAUGGAAACUAAAGACUUGAGGGAAUCCUCAUUGCAGUGGUUAGGGUCAGGGAUGUGUUUAUAAGAGAUUUUGAUUGUUUUCUUUGGUUUGUGUGUGUGUGUGUUUGUAGAUUAAAUGUCUCUCCAAACGUG